CUCUGUUGCAGACUAUGAACAAAAACCCUAAUUCCUCUCUGAAUUCUCUCUCUUCUUCUUCUUCUCUUUGAGAUGGCUAAUGAAAACAAGCAAACCACAACUACCGCCAUGGAGAUGAAGGAAAUGCGUGCCCUAAUCGGGAGGCUAUUUGGAGUAUUGCGUGACAGACAGGACAAGUCUGAUCAAGCAAUUCUAGAGCUGAAGGAAACCGUUAAGUCGUUGAAGAAUCAACUGAAAGGAAAAGGGGAUUUCGAGCCCGAGAAACCAGCCGUGAAUGCUUCCUCUGCUGCCGGGUAUGGCAACUCAUCUACGCUUAAGGGACGCGGAGAAACUCUAACCACCCCUAAGGUUGUUGUUGACGUUCCAACCGUGACUACAGAGGAAAAACCAAUGGCGAUAUCGUUUGACGCUGUAGUAGAAUAUUCCAUUCCAGACGGAGGUGCCUGGGUGACUGGAUACCAUGGGAAGCAACCCGUGAAUAUCCUAUUUGGAGUAGGGGGGGACUACGCACAAUUUUAUUGAUGAAUCGUUUGCAGAUAAGCUAGGCUGUGACACAUUUCCAAUCAAGCCUCGAUCUGUUCGCGCAGCUUUUGGGACUAUGGUAACCUCCAGAGCAUGCAACAACUUUCAAUUGUCAUUGCAAGGUACCCUGUUUAGUGUGGAUUUAUAUCUACUUCCAUUGUCGUCAAAUUGUGACAUGGUAUUAGGAGGCCAAUGGCUAAACAGUAACAGCAUUGGGGAAAUUAACAUUGGUUCUGAGGGUGUGGAGUUUUACUACCAAGGUAAGAAACACUUUAUGCGUUUCAACAGAGCCGGUUGAAGGCAGCAAGCGCUGAGAGUGUUGACAAAUUGGAAGUACUGAGGUCUCAAAUUUCAGAUGACUAAUGACCUGUUAUAUAUAUCUUUUCCUAAGGGGACUUUAGGUUUUCUGCUGUCUCCCUAAAACCCCCCGCUAUGUUUUUUUAGGAUAGUGAUUAUGCUAUUAGAGCCACUAGUUUAUGUUUUCUGCAAUUUUCUCUCCCGAACUACUUGUAGUCAUCCUUAGUUGAUUAUCUAACAAUUAAUGUUAUAUGUCAUUUUGAGAGUUGGUUGUACCAGCCUUGCAAGUUAUGAAUUCCAUUGAGUUUUUGCUUUUC